ACGAUCUCUCUCUCUCACUCUCUCUCUCUCUCUCUCUCCCCUGUAGUACAAGCUGAACACUUUUUGAACUCUUUCUCACUCUGUCUCCUGCUUUCUCUCUCAUCCUUUCCUCUGCUUCCUUUCCUUUCCUUCACCUUCCUCCUCACUCCCCCCCCGGUUCUCUCUUCCUCUCUGUCUCCCUCUGGCAUGCUCUCAUGGAAGUCUCACCGUUCCCCGUGACCUUCAUCACCUUCCCAUUACUUCCUUCCUAUUCUCCCCGACGCUGCCGCUGCUAAGAGCUCCCACCUUUCUCAUGACUCUCCCUUCACUGCGCCUCUCUCUCUCUCCUCUGCUGCUGCUGCUCCGCCCGCGAUAUGCGAACCCAUCACUCCCCACGCAACGGCGACGCCGCCGCCUCCUCCCCCUCCCCGCGCCGGCCCCUCGGCCCCGACCUCAGCCCCCGCCCGCAGUUCCAGUCCACCCUGUCCGCUCAGAAGCUUCGCCGGCUCAACUACCUCGCCCUCCUCCUCCGCCUCGCCUCCUUCUGCUUCUCCCUCGCCUCCGCCAUCUUCAUGGCCACCGACUACCGCGGGGCUAGCUCCCCCCGCUGGUACGACUUCGACGCCUUCAGGUAUGUAUUCGCGGCGAACGCGAUAGUAACGCUGUACUCUCUGUUCGAACUGGCCGUGUCCGUGUGGGAUAUCUCCCGGAGCGCCACCUUGUUCCCCGAAGUCCUCCAAGUCUGGUUCGACUUCGGCCACGACCAGGUGUUCGCAUACAUGCUUCUGUCAGCGGGAUCGGCAGGAACGGAGCUGGCGAAGACGUUGAAAGGGUCGGAGGCGUGCAAGGAGGAGACCGCAUUCUGCUUGCAGGCCGACAUCGCGGUCGCCCUAGGGUUCGCGGGCUUCCUCUUCAUCGGAUUCUCUUGCCUGCUGUCGGGCUUCCGGGUCGCCUGCUUCAUCAUCCGGGGCUCUCGCUCUCAUCUCUAGAGAUGCCUUUGAUCAUUGUACUUAAUUUUACUGAUUGAUUGGUUAAGGGGGUGGGAGUGUGUCCAUUUUUUUUCGAGCCCCGAGUGUAUUGUAUCAAUUUGUUGAUGAUGAAGAUAAAUAUUCAAUUUUUCUUCUUCGGAGGUUAACUCCGACUGUCUGAAUGUAAGUUCGGAACUGAAAUGAGAAGUGUUGCAGAAGAAAUUGCUUUGCAGGAUC